GCGGCCGCCGCCGUUUGAUGGAUCCGAGGAUCGCCUGGUUCCAGCCAGAGCAGCUCGGACCGUCCAACAGUCUGUGGAUGCAGAUCUGGGAGACGACCCAGGGGCUGAGGAACCUCUACUUCAACCACCACUGUCACAGCAGCGGCGGCGGCGGCGCGAGCAGCGGGAGCGGCGGCGGCGGCAGCGGCGGCAGCUCGGGCAGCCCCGGCGGCGCGGCCCCGGCCGGCAUGUACCGCUCCGGGGAGCGCCUGCUGGGCGGCCACGCGCAGCCCUCGGAGCAGCGGGACUUCCUGCCCCUGGAGACGACCAACAACAACAACAACCACCACCAGCCCGCGGCCUGGGCCCGCCGCGCGGCCGCGGGCCCCUCGGCGUCCCCGUCCCCCUCGGCGUCCCCGUCCCCGCACCCCGCGGCCGCCGUGCCCGCCGCGGAGCCCGCCGACCCGGCCUCGGGCAGCAGCAACAAGAGGAAGCGCGACAACAAGGCCAGCACCUACGGACUCAACUACAGCCUGCUGCAGCCCGGCGGAGCGCGGGCUGCGGGGGGCCGCGACGGCGGCGGGGGCGCGUACAGCGGGACCCCCUGGAAGCGGAGGAACUACAACCAGGGCGUCGUGGGGCUGCAUGAAGAAAUCAGUGAUUUCUACGAAUACAUGUCUCCGCGGCCGGAGGAGGAGAAGAUGCGGAUGGAGGUGGUGAGCCGGAUCGAGAGCGUGAUCAAGGAGCUCUGGCCCAGCGCGGACGUCCAGAUAUUUGGGAGUUUCAAAACUGGCCUGUAUUUACCUACUAGUGACAUCGACCUGGUGGUGUUCGGCAAGUGGGAGAACCUGCCCCUCUGGACCCUGGAAGAGGCUCUUCGGAAACACAAAGUCGCGGAUGAGGACUCGGUGAAAGUUCUAGACAAAGCCACUGUACCUAUUAUUAAGUUAACAGACUCUUUUACUGAAGUGAAAGUUGACAUCAGCUUUAAUGUGCAGAAUGGCGUGAGAGCCGCGGACCUCAUCAAAGACUUUACCAAGAAGUACCCUGUGCUGCCCUACUUGGUUUUAGUGCUGAAACAGUUCUUGCUGCAGAGGGACCUCAACGAGGUGUUCACAGGUGGCAUUGGCUCUUACAGCCUCUUCCUCAUGGCGGUCAGUUUCCUGCAGUUGCACCCCAGGGAAGAUGCUUGCAUCCCCAACACAAACUAUGGUGUUCUCUUGAUAGAGUUUUUUGAAUUAUAUGGACGGCACUUCAAUUAUUUAAAGACUGGCAUCCGGAUAAAGGACGGGGGUUCGUACGUGGCCAAAGACGAAGUGCAGAAAAACAUGCUGGACGGCUACCGGCCAUCGAUGCUUUACAUCGAAGAUCCUCUGCAACCAGGUAACGAUGUGGGACGCAGCUCGUACGGGGCCAUGCAGGUGAAGCAGGCCUUCGACUACGCCUACGUGGUCCUGAGUCACGCCGUGUCGCCCAUCGCCAAGUACUACCCCAACAACGAGACCGAGAGCAUCCUGGGCAGGAUCAUCAGAGUGACGGACGAGGUGGCCACCUACCGAGACUGGAUAUCGAAGCAGUGGGGCUUGCAGAGCAGGCCCGCGCCCGCGUGCCACGGAAAUGGUGUUACCUUGAUAGUAGAUUCUCAGCAGUUAGAUAAAUGUAAUAAUAAUCUGUCUGAAGAAAAGGAAGCCCUUGGAAAAUGUAGAAGUAAAACUUCGGAAUCUGUUAGUAAACACUCUUCAAACUCUUCAUCAGGUCCGGUGUCUUCGUCUUCGGCCACACAGUCCAGCUCUAGUGACAUCGAUUCCGACGCGACGCCGUGCAAGACCCCGAAGCAGCUGCUCUGCCGCCCGAGCCCCGGGCACCGCUCGGGGCCGCAGGAGGGGACCGUGGAGGCCUCGCAGGCCGGCGGGAGAGCACAGAGCACCCCGGCCACUGGCACGCCCGGCAGCGCCAGCAAGUCCCAGCACGGGCCAGCCCGGCUCUUCCGGUCUUCCAGCAAAGGCUUCCAGGCCACGGCUCAGACGGGCCACGGCGCCUCGGCAACUGACAAGCAGCACCCGGGCCGGUCCAGUAACCAGUAUUUCCACGGCAAGAAGAGGAGGCACAAGAGGGACGCCCCGCUCUCGGACCUGUGCAGAUAGUCGGCGUGGUGUGGCGGACCGCCUCUGCGCAGAGACCUCACGCCCGGGGCCGCGGCCGGGGGACUCCGGGGACGCGCCCCAGCCCGGCGCUGUCCACGUGCCGAUCAGCGUUUUUCCCAGCUCGCCACGGAACGGAUCAUGAAGCCUGACGCAGCAGAAACGAAGAGCAAGCGGAGGGGGGGGAGGCUGCUCGUUGGAUGAGUCAUACGCUACAACAGGGUCAUUUGAGGGUGUGAAGCUUGAAUGUAAAUGAAAUGCACUUCUCGUUGGCUUCAUGCAGAGUCAGGGGAACAGGAGUCGGUGGGGGGAGAGGAGGAACUCGGAGUUCGGAGGGCCGGGGGGGAGGAAGACAGGCAUCUCGUAGAAAGCCCAGAUCCCAAAGGGGGGAGUGGCCUGUGCAUGUUUUUUAAAAAAUAUUUUUGCACAUAUUUACCAUUUUAUUGUGUGUAUAUAUAGAUGACCGUAUAGGAAAUUGAUAUUUGUAAUAGUGGAUUUGUUAAUACUUUUUACAUAACAUUACUGUUUAAAUCGUAAACAGAUUCUCUCAGGAUUAGUUUGCAAAAUAAUCUGAUUUGUCAUCUUAACAUCCACGUGUAGGGAAGUGAUUAGUUCUCUUACCCAGCUGGAUUCCCUCGGCAGUGACCUGACAGCGCCUGGUGACCUGCCGCUGCCGACGCGUCUCCUCUCUCGGGGGAAGGCUCCUGGUGGCGAAUGACGUUCAUUUUAUUUUGUGCAAACGAACAUACGUGUCUGUGCUGUGUACUUCCGUGUGAGCACUGAAAGGUCUCUGGUCAUCUCUCCGGAUCAGCUGCAACUGUUUUUUCUAUAGUGCUGUCGCCCUGACCUCGUGUGUGCUUCCUUUGGGGUCUUUUUUAAAUCUCAUUUCACUCUUAUUUUUUAAAAUCUCCGACAGGGAGGCAAAGGCCCCAGCCCCGUCGCAGCGAGCACCCGGCCGCAGGCCUUGCACGCUGGCCCCUCCGACCGCGUGUGCUGCGUGUGCUGCCCGUGCCCGGGCCCCUGGUCUCGUCUCCAGACCCCCGCGCCGUGGCUGCAGGGGCAGCGCCUGCGAGCGGCUUCAGUGACACCACACCCACGGGGGACUAUCUUCUUGUACUCCCCUUCACGCUUCGGGGGCCGUUGGUCUCCCAGAAGGAAACGGUCUUCGAUAAUGGGUCUAUUUUGUAUUGCCUUACUAAGACCAAACACUUCUUGUCAUCCCAUCCCUUAUCCUCUCCUUCCAUGGAAUUGUUGUGUUCAAUUAAAACUUUUUUAAACCUC